UCUCCCUUUUUUUUCUGAGACCGACCUGGUCCUGACCGACUCCGUCAAGCUUUGCGAUAUAUUGAAACUAUUUCAUCCGUUUUAUUAUCAAAUUAUACUUUAAAUUAUGGCAGAUGGUGUGCAAAUAUUAAGGCGCAACCGUCCUGGAUCUAAAGCAAAAGACUUUUGCCGUUGGCCUGAUGAACCUUUCGAAGAGAUGGACAGCACUUUAGCCGUACAGCAAUUCAUACAGCAGACAAUAAGACGAGAUCCGGCCAAUCUUGAAGCUAUCUUAAAAAUGCCUGAGGCGCAAGACGAAGGUGUUUGGAAGUAUGAACACUUAAGGCAAUUCUGUAUGGAGCUAAACGGUCUAGCAGUCCGCUUGCAAAGUGAGUGUAAACCAGAAACGUGCACACAAAUGACUGCUACUGAGCAGUGGAUUUUCCUGUGUGCUGCUCAUAAGACACCUAAGGAGUGUCCUGCAAUUGACUACACAAGACACACCCUAGAUGGUGCUGCAUGCUUGUUAAACAGCAACAAGUAUUUUCCUAGCAGGGUGAGCAUCAAAGAGUCAUCGGUGGCGAAAUUGGGUUCAGUAUGUCGCAGAGUAUACCGAAUUUUUUCACAUGCAUAUUUCCAUCAUCGGUCAAUUUUUGAUGCUUUUGAAAAAGAAACACAUUUAUGUGAAAGGUUCACUUAUUUUGUCACAAAGUAUUCAAUUAUUUCUAAAGAAAUAUUGAUUUUACCAAAACUUGAAGGUGAGGUACCUCUACCUCAAACGGCAGGAGAAUCAGAAGCCUGAGAUUCAAUGAAAUAAUUAACUUGUAUGGUGAAUUUUGUACUGUGGUGAUCAGUAAACUGGAUGUUUAGCCAUUUGUGCUAUUUAUACAGAGAAAAAGAUGCAUCUUGACAUAUAAAACUAUUAAUGUCUGUAUCAUAUGUUAUUGUAUUACCUAAUUCUGCUAAAUGUUCCUUUUUUAAACAUUUAAACAGCUUGCACCUUUGCAAUAACUUAGGCUUGUUGUACAGAAAAUUAUGAGAUCAUGGCCUGAUGCAAUAUUGUAAUGUUUUUUAAACAUUAAUAACUGAGGUUUAUAAAUUCUUUGAGUAUAUAAGAUAACUUUGAAUAAUGAGAUUUUAUAAAUUCCAUUGUAACCAAAUAAAGUAGAAUCUCUUAUUCUUUGUAAGUGUGUCAUAAAUUGUGUAGCCUGUAUAGAUGUGAGAAAGAUUUUAAACUGAUUGCUCUUCAACUUCCAUAUUGUCCAGUGUCUCAAAUUGUCUACUUCUACUAUGUUGAUGAUACUGGUGUUUCAUAAUUAGUAAUUCCUACCUACCUAGUGACCUAUUUCUUAUAGGUUCUUUAUAAGUAGUAGUGUCCAAUUUAAACUAUCGUGAGACAUAUUAACUUAACUAACUUAGUGGUUACACUCACGUGUUUUUAGUCACUCGCGCGACAUGUUUCGGAGAGCCUAGGUCUCCAUUUUCAAGCACUAACAGUGCCUGAGUGAGUAGCGGUCACGACGGAUGGGCGUCACCGAAACAUGUCGCGCGAGUGACUAAAAACACGUGAGUGUAACCGCUAAGUUAGUUAAGUAGUGUCCACUUUAAACAAAUGGAGCACCCAGCCUUAGUAAACUUUGGAUUUUCUGAAGAGGCGAUAUUAGACACUGAAAAUAUUGUAACAAAUACAAAAAUGUAUUAACACAUUAGUACUAGUUUUAAGUGGUGUAGUAGAAUAUUAUUUUACUUUUUAGCAGAGAAUAGAAGUUAUAUUCUUGGGUCUACACACUAAACAGUCUAAACAUGAUUUGUGUCAUCACUAUUCAUUACUAUUAUAUUAUAGCUGAAACUAUGACACAUGUGGUCACAUUUUACAGACCUAACCCUUUCUGCACUGCAUUAUUUAAUAUAAAGGAAAUUUGUGUAAAUCCAACAAGUAAACUCAUUGACCUGAAAGGGUUAUAAUAAGAUGUUAGUAAUAGGUAUAAAAUAUUUCUUAUUAUUAACCUAUUUAUACUGAGUCAUUUUAAAAUUACCUUGUAACCACUUUAUCAUAAACUCUAAUAUAAUUGUAGUAUUUUAUAGGUUUUU